AGGCGGAAGCAGCACAAGCAGCUGUGGCCCUGUUAUAAGUUCCACACUGCCCUUGCUCUCUCCCACACUGCCUGCUCACGGAGAACUGCGCUGAAGGAGGAGGACAGCAGCAGACUGAGGCCCUGCCAUGCAAAACCUGGUGGCUGUUCUGUGGCUGGCACUGCUUGCCGUCUCCUGCAAAAGCCAGGACGUGGGGACUGGGACCAGCCUGCAGGAUCCUGAGGCUGACGGCGCAGAGGAGGAAGACCCCUUCUACAAAGUCCCCCUGAACAAGCUGGCAACUGCGGUCUCCAACUUUGGCUAUGACUUGUACCGCCAGCAAUCCAGCCAGAUGCCCACCGCCAACAUCCUUCUGUCGCCCUUCAGCAUAGCCACUGCUCUCUCGGGCCUUUCCCUCGGUGCGGGAAACCACCAGACGGAAGAUGCCAUAUCUCGCGCGCUCUUCUAUGACACGCUCAACAAGGCUGAGAUCCACAGCACGUACAAGGAGCUCCUGGCCAGCCUCACGGCGCCCGCCAAAGGCCUGAAGAGCACCUCCCGCCUCAUCAUGGAAAGAAGACUGAGAAUGAAAAUUGCAUUUGUGAACGAACUAGAGAAGACCUACAGAGUUCGUCCCAGAGUGCUGACUGGAAACGCCCAGGUGGACCUGAAAGAGGCCAACAACUGGGUGCAGCAGAGGACUGGCGGGAAGGUCACCCGGUUCCUUGCAGAGAUCCCCAGUGGAGUCAGCAUCCUCCUCAUUGGUGCAGCGUAUUUCAAGGGGCAGUGGGAGACCAGAUUUGACCCCAAGCUGACUAGGCUGCAGGACUUCCACCUAGAUGAGGAGAGGACAGUGCGAGUGCCCAUGAUGUCAGCCCCCAAUGCCAUCCUGAAAUACGGCUUCGACUCGGAGCUCAAUUGCAAGAUUGCUCAGCUGCCCCUGACAGGAAGCGUCAGCAUCAUGUUCUUCCUGCCCGAAAGCGUGACCCAGAACAUGACGCUGAUUGAGGAGAGCCUCACCUCCGAGUUCAUGCACGACAUCGACAAGCAGCUGAAGAACGUCCACGCGGUACUGAGCGUGCCCCGGCUCAAGCUGACUUCCGAGACUGGCCUGGCUGGCACGCUCCAGGAAAUGCGGCUCCAAGCGCUCUUUUUGACACCCGACUUCAGCAAGAUCGCCAUGAAGCCCAUCAAGCUCUCCCACGUGCAGCACAAGGUUGUCCUGGACCUCAGUGAGGACGGAGCCAGCUCCACAUUCACCCCCGACACAGAGGCCGCACGCCUGAACUUCCCCAUCGCCUACAACCUGGACAGGCCCUUCUUAUUUGCGCUCCGGGACAAUGGGACGGGAGCGCUCCUCUUCAUUGGGAAAAUCCUGGACCCUCGGAGCUCUUAGAUCCCUCGCCAACCACCAGGGCAGCCUGUGGUCUGCUCAGAAGUGCAUGCCGGGGGGAAGGGGGUGUCAUGUGUGACAACUGUUAUGGUUAUGUGCUGCAAUAAAAGUGCUUCUGCCUUAAA